AUGGAUGCCGAUUUUAAGGCUCAAUUAGAUCAAGAACGAACUAAAGUUGAAGAUGCAUUUGAUUUUCUUGGUUGUAAAGUUGGCCGAGGUACUUAUGGACAUGUUUAUAAAGCAAAGAAAAAAGAUGGAAGUGAUACGCGAGAUUAUGCAUUAAAACAAAUCGAAGGAGCUGGUUUAUCAACAAGUGCUUGUCGAGAAAUUUCUCAUAUUAUUAAAUUUCAUCGUUCAGCUAAACAAAAUAAAAAAACUGUUUCAUGUGCACGUGGAAUGGUGAAAUCCUUACUUUAUCAAAUACUUGCUGGAAUACAUUAUCUACAUUCAAAUUGGAUUUUACAUCGAGAUCUUAAACCUGCAAAUAUUUUAGUUAUGGGAGAUGGAAUUGAACGUGGUCGAGUAAAAAUUGCUGAUAUGGGUUUUGCUCGUUUAUUUAAUUCACCACUUAAACCAAUGGCUGAUCUCGAUCCCGUAGUUGUUACAUUUUGGUAUCGUGCACCAGAAUUAUUACUCGGUGCUCGACAUUAUACAAAAGCAAUUGAUAUUUGGGCAAUAGGAUGUAUUUUUGCUGAAUUAUUAACAUAUGAACCAAUAUUUCAUUGUAAACAAGAAGAUAUAAAAACAAGUACACCUUAUCAUCAUGAUCAACUUGAUCGAAUUUUUUCUGUUAUGAGUUUUCCAGCUGAUAAAGAAUGGGAAGAUAUGAAAAGAAUGCCAGAAUAUAUACGUUUAUCAAAAGAAUUUAAAAAGAGCAAUUAUGCUAAUUGUAGUUUAAGUAAAUAUAUGGAAAAACAUAAUAUUCGAUCGGAUAGUCGAGCUUUUCAAUUACUCACACGUUUACUUACUGUUGAUCCAACUAAACGAUUAUCGGCCUUAGAUGCAAUGAAUGAUUUAUAUUUUAAAGAAGAUCCUCGGCCUACUGAUGAUGUAUUUGAUUCUGUUUCAAUACCUUAUCCAAAACGUGAAUUUAUUACUGAUGAUGAUAAUUCGGAUGCUGCCGGUGGUGCACAUGUAUCAAAAACUGAACCAGCAGUUGUUGUUAAAACUGAAGCUUCAUCAGUUCUUCUAGCUCAACAACAGCAACAGCAGCAACAACAACAACAACAACAACA